AUGGCUUGCAACAAUUGGGAGAAGCUGUGUAAGGCUCAGCGCGACUACCCCAAAGCGAAGUUCGCAGACUCGUUCGUACAAAAAUCGCUCAAGAAGACACCCAAGAACCCAUUUCUCUUGGCUAAUUUCGAGCAGGCAUGGAAAGCUCGGUUAUGUCUUGCAUUGAACAAUGUGGACACCGAUGUAGCGAAUUUGGUACAACAGGCCUGGGAGCAGCCAGGGGUGAACGAUAUUCGGCUGCUGUCCUACUUAUAUAAGAUCUUAGCCGACGCUACGCGGAAAGAUCAGGAUAAUAACCUAAACAUCAGCGGAGUGGGCGACGGGAACCUCAAAGUUUGGCAACGUGCUGCGAAAGCCUUGGGACGCAAGGAAGACCGUCAAGAUCUCUGGUCUGCUCUAGCGAAUGUGGCAUUGGCAGAGGAAUGCUGGGAAGACUUCCGCCUGGCUGUCUUUCACUACAGUAAAGAAACCAAGGAGGGCGCUGGAUCUACAUCUGCAAAAAAGCAUGCCCACUUCACGCAAACACUCGCUAUUCAACUCGCAGCCGAACAGCAGCGUGGGCUUCCCCAGGGCGAGAUGAAAAGCAGACUUCAAUUCGACCUGGCUCGUAGACUUUUGAAGCAAGCAUACGAGGCGGCUCCAGAUGACCCCAUCGCUUUCAAGGAUAUACGCGACUUGCGUUUUAUGGGCGAGAUCUUCGCGCGGCAAGCGAAGUAUAGCGAGCUGUUCGAACACUGGAACCACCCGCCUGCAGCCCUCCAGGACCUUAUGACGAAACAUCGGGGUGACUUGUGGGGCAUGAAGAUUAGACUUGCACGGCAGAGCAAAGAAUGGUCUCUACUUGAAAGCCAGUGUCUUGCGUACAUUGAGCGCAUUGUAUCACAGCAGGAAAGCGACUUCCAAACCCUACUUAUUGCUGACGUUCUUAGCCUUCGAGAGACUUGUGCCUGGAAGAAAGAUAUUUGGACAUCCUUAUUAGCCGCCGCGUACGCAACACGCUCCGCUGACGAUGCUGUUUGCCUGAUCUCCGAUAUCACAAGUCGUACUUUCAACCCGGAGGAGUUCCAAAGCCAAGACCGACCCUUGAGACUUGCGUACAUGACACUUCGCCAGAACGUCGCUCCAGGAACUCCAAUGCUGGCCGACUGUAAGACGUACUGGAAGAACCACGCGAACCUCAUCACAUGUUACGCAGAUAUUCGACCAUUCCUAGACGGCAUGACCUCAAAGGACCGAGGAGAGCUCUGGGGUUUUGCGGAAAAUCACUACGAAGACGCGGGGAAGUUGUUGGCACAGAAUCAGUACCCAGCUCAAGACUGGAUUGUUCAUUGCGGCAAUCGUCUCAAGAUGUGUUAUCUUUUCUGGAUAUCACUCUCCACGCCCUCUGCUCAAAGGUGGCAAGGGCUCAUGGAGGUACCUUUGAUCGCCGCAUUGCGAGCCCCUCAGUUACGGACACCCAGGUCGCCUGAAGGUUUUGUUGCAAUAUACACACUCCUCUGGAUUCACCAAGAAGCUAUGCGCAACGAAGAACCCGAUCAUCCCUUCGAAAAUACGCCAAACUCACGAGUUCUCCUUCAAGCUGCAAUGUUAGCGCGCCAUUUGGUGGCGAGCGAUAAAGAAAAGCAAAACAGACCGCUGGCACUACUUGCUGCACGGCUGCACCUAAACCUCGGUCUAGGAAAAUCCGCUUUCCAGUUGUACAGCCACACCAAAUGCAAGGAGAUGCUAGUGCAUACUUUGUCACCAUUUGUUCUGUCACGCAUCUCACUGACACAUCCAUUUGGUGCCAAAGGCUACCAAGGAUUCUCAGCCGAAGAGGAACUAGGAAAAGCUGUCGGGACAAUGGAGAGGAUGGAACGCAAGCUUAAUGAGGCAGUAUGUUCUGAUCUCCAGUCGCUUCCAUGGGAUCAAGCUAUGGAACUCUUGGCCGCGAAACGGGAUUUCAAGUCGAGCUUGACAAAGCACAUAUGCAACACAGAGAGCCGUCGCAUAGCACGACUCAAGGGUGAACCGAUCGAUAACAUUCCCGUUAUCGACUCAAAUAGCUACCGGAAUAUCAAGGACGUCGUGGAUAGGACCAUAUUCCCCAACUACGAGCACAGUCAGCAUCCUGGACCACUUUCAUACAUCAUGCCCAACGGUCUUCCUGAAGUUCAUUGGCUGGCCAAGAGCCUUGAUAUCUGGGACGCUAGCAGUAGAUUUCUCUAUAGAGAGACACAGGUGUUGGAGUUCAAGGGCAAAUGGAUACACCAAGUUGCCAUGCCUCCGGAUCAUGUCUGGGAGACUGAGCCUGACAUGACGCUUGCGGAAUACCAAGUUGAGGACACAUGGGAGGCAAUCAACCUCAUCGUUAGGACGAUGACCUUCCCAGAACUUUCCUUCGAGGCGCUUCCUGGGGCGCUGGAAGCACUUCUGUUAGAGGUUUCCACGAUGCGACGUGCAAUGGAGAAACUGCGUAUGCCUGGCGCCACGCACCAAAAGCCCGAAGACGAACCCACCAUGUUCCACGAGAAUAUGCUAAUGUCCUGCUAUACCAAGCUCGAAGUCCUGCGCGCACUCAUCAAGUUGAUCGAACACCUACGCGAGAAGGUCAUCAAUGCGAAGACCCACCGCAUGAAGGCCAAGUUGCCAAAGAACUGGGUCAGUGAUAUGGAAACUCAGACGAAGAAUUGUUUCGAGGCGGUACGGGAUGUGGCGCAUAGCUACAUCAAUCUCAUCGAACAGAGAGGUCGUGCUGCGAUUAAGGCGCAGGUGCGGUGGGGCAAGACGGGUGAGGCACUGAAGCAUGUGCUGAGUGACGACGAUGUCGACUUCUACGCAACUGAGUAUGUUGAUAGCGCACUACAGGCAUGGAGGGGUGUGCUACAGGUUAAAUUGAAGUAG